UAAAGUCCGCAAGCACCCACCCGGAUUCAGGAGGCUCUACCGACUCAGAGAAUGGCGUCAUGGCACUAAGAACCCUACUUCUGCUCUCGGCCCUUACCAAGACCUGGGCGGGCUCCCACUCCUUGAAGUAUUUCCACACUUCCGUGUCCCGGCCCGGCCGCGGGGAGCCCCGCUUCAUCUCCGUGGGCUACGUGGACGACACCCAGUUCGUGCGGUUCGACAGCGAUGCCGCGAGUCCGAGGAUGGAGCCGCGGGCGUGGUGGAUGAAGCAGGAGGGGCCGGAGUAUUGGGACCAGGAGACACGGAGCGCCAGGGACACCGCACAGACUUUCCGAGUGAACCUGAAGACCCUGCGCGGCUACUACAACCAGAGCGAGGCCGGGUCUCAUACCCUCCAGUGGAUGCAUGGCUGCGACCUGGG